AUGUUUGAAUUCCAAUACCUGUCGGGCAUACUGCCGGCCGACCCCGAUCGGGACGAAGCAAACGACCGAUGGGUCUGGGGAUAUGGAGAUCCUAGUGAGGGUCGGAUUAACGGGAUAGACUUGUCAAUUGAACACAUCCUCAAAACACUCGAUCGAGAUGGUCCAUUCGCGGGGAUCGUUGGAUUUUCGUCAGGCGCUGCUAUGGCAGCAGUUAUUACAUCUAUACUGGAGAAAAGGCAGACUCUCCAUGACCCCUCUUGGAAGGCACAACAUCCCAGUUUCAAAUUUUCCGUCUGUCUGAGCGGGUUCACACUGGGACCUCUGUACCAGCAGAUCUACACCCCAUAUAUCGUGACGCCCGCUCUGCUCGCUAUCGGAAGCGACGACCCAGUGGUGCUACCUGCCCAGACUCGGAGCUUGGCCGAUCGAUUCCAGGAUGCCAGGCUGUUCGAAUUCACGGGAAUCCACUAUAUUCCACAAUUCAAAGAGUUCCCGCGCUUUCAUUCAUCCCUCGUGUACUUCUUGGAAACUAUUUUCGACACUCCAACGGUGAAGCUAUAA